AUGGGCACGGGAUAUGGGGAAAGGGAUCUGGGAUUUGCGGCUCUGGCGGGACGGGCAGAGGAAGGGGUUUCUAAGGGGCUAUCCUGGGACGGAACAUUUAGAGAUUUGCUGCAGGAAGGGAUUUUCUGGGGAAGAUCCUCGUUCCUGCACAUCAGGAGGGAAGGUCCUGGGAAGAAUUGGCUGUGCUUUCAUGCAUGGAUGGAGGACUUGGAAAGAAAGGACGUCAUCGCUCUUAUGCUGUGUUGGCUAGUGAGGUUGAAAGUUACCUCGAUUGAAACUGCUGGGCGGUAUGUCAUUGUCAUGGAAGAGGGAGGAAAUGGCAGAGAUUUUAGGGGUUAG